UGGAAACCUGAACGUUAUGAACAGGAACAAUCCUUUAGACUUAUUCACAAAGCUACAUCUACUCUCCAGUCAAUGUUGACCUUUUUUCUAAUCAUAAGAAGAGAAAGAACAAGUCAACACAUGCUGAGCUAUGGCUUCUUCUGAAGAGCAGCUCCAGUGUUCUAUCUGUCUAGAUGUGUUCGCUGAGCCAGUCACCACUCCCUGUGGACACAACUUCUGCAAGGCCUGUAUCAGAGGAUACUGGGAUAGCACUGACGUGUGCAAGUGUCCCACAUGUAAAAAUACAUUUUAUAAGAGACCAGAUCCCUUUUUCAAUACUUUAAUUUCUGUGAAGGCUGCUCAAUUCAAGAAGUUAGCUCCAGUUCAUGUCACACCUAUCACCCCAGGACAAGCCCAAACCACAACCCUCGACAAAUCUGGAGAAGUACCAUGUGACAUCUGCACUGAGACAAAGCACAUGGCCCUGAAGUCCUGUCUGGUGUGUCUGACCUCUUAUUGUGAGACUCACCUGGAGCAUCAUCGGAUAGUGGCGUCUUUAAAGAAGCACAAGCUGAUUGACCCUGUGGAGAACCUGGAAGACCGGGUGUGUAAGAAGCAUGAGAGACCCCUGGUGCUGUUCUGUAAGAGAGAACAAGCAUGUGUGUGUCAGUUCUGCACUGAGACAGACCACAAGACUCAUAAGACUGUCCCCAUAGAGGAAGAGUAUGGAGAGAGGAAGGCUCAGAUGGGGAAAAGUAAGGGUACAUUUCAGAAGAUGAUCCAGGAGAGACUGAAGAAGGUUAAGGAGAUCGAACAGGCAGUAGAGCUCAGCAAGAGAGAUGCAGAGAGAGAGAUAGCAGACAGUUUGCAGGUCUUCACUGCUCUGGUUCGUUCCAUUGAGAGAAACCAGGCUGAGCUCAUUGAGGUGGUUGAGGAGAAGCAGAAAGCAGCAGAGAGACAGGCUGAAAGGCUCAUUGAAGAGCUGGAGCAGGAAAUCACUGAACUAAAGAGGAGAAGCACUGAGCUGGAGCAGCUCUCAGAUAUUAAGGACCACCUUCACCUCCUUCAGAGCUCCACAUCCCUCUAUACCACCCUUCCACCUACCAAGAACUGGUCUGAGAUCAGUGUUCACAGCGACCUGUGUGUUGGGACUGUGAGAAGAGCUGUGUCUCAACUGGAGGAGACACUCAAUAAAGAGAUGGAGAUGUUUCCUCAAAUCAAGCUGAAGAGGAUGCAGCAGUGUGCAGUGGAUGUGACGCUGGACCCUGACACAGCAUUUCCUUAUCUUAUCCUGUCUGGGGACCAGAAAGAAGUGAGAUAUGGAGCCAUAAAGCAGGAACUCCCUGACAACCCAGAGAGGUUUGAUUGUCAUCCCCGUGUGUUAGGAAUGGAGGGGUUCUCUUCAGGGAAAUUCUACUAUGAGGUACAGGUGAAGGAGAAGACUUGGUGGGCUUUAGGAGUGGCUAGAGAGUCCAUCAACAGGAAGGGGAUGAAUGUACUGAGUCCUGAAUUUGGAGCCUGGACUAUAGAGCUGAGGAAUAGGAAUGAGUAUGGAGCUCGCACUGAGCUUGUAGUUCCCCUCACCAUGAGAGAGAAGCCCCAGAAAGUGGGUGUGUUUGUAGAUUAUAAGAAGGGUCAGGUCUCCUUUUACGAUGUGGAGGCCAGGUCUCAUAUCUACUCUUUCACUGGCUGCACCUUCACUGAGAGACUCUACCCACUGUUGUCUUCACCUGAUCCUUCUGGUGAUAACUCCGCUCCACUUAUCUUCUCUCCCAUCAUGUCUGACUGAGUUUAGUCGAUAGGAAAUUCAGUCACAGGAAAGCACAGCGAUGUGCCUUAAUGAAUGUGUUUAUAGUUUUUGUUAUCUAUGAUCCGAUUGUAUAAUUAAGCAGUAAGGCCCGAGGUGUGGUUUAUUGGGCAAUAUUUUUUAUUUACAAUGAUGACCUGUCAAACACAUCAUUAAACAACACUUACACUAUACAUACUGUAACUAUAUACACAUCAAUAACACAAUACAUGAAGAGCAAACACAAAAAGCAAAACACAAUGAAACAAACACAUUCUUUAGUAGAAAAAUACUGAUACAGCCUUUAGCAGUGGUAUAUUGGCCAUAUACCAAAAUGGAAAGUGGAUACCUAGUCAGUUGCACAACAAUGAAUUCAACUGAAAUGUGUCCACAUGUAACCCAACACCUGUGAAUCAGUCCAUGUCAUCAGCGCUCAGGGAGCAGUUAUUGUGGGGGUUAACUGGCUUGUUCAAGGGCAGAAUGGCAGAUUUUUCCACCUUGCCCGGCUCAAGGUGACUUAUUGCUAUUAUAAACUGGUUACCAACAUGAAUAUAACAGUAAACAAGUAUUUUUGCAAUAUGCCUGUGGUAUAUUGUCUGAUAUACACAUGGCUGGAAUGCUGUUUCUGCCAAUCAGCAUCCAGGACCCAAACUACCCAGUUUAUGAUGAAUGCUUCUCCGAUGUCUUAACUGUAAAUUGCUAUGAUUUUUUUUUUUUUUUUUUUAUUUGUCUCUAGUCCAUGUGCCAUUAUUUUCUUCCUGUACAAAAUACUAAUUUUGCCCCUCAUUCCUCCUCUCAUUGUAUAAAGAGUUAGGGCCAGCUCGCUCUAUAGGGCCUGUCAUGCCAAAAUGUCCCCCGGCCCAAAAAAUGUCCCCUCUGCGUUACAAUGGGAUUCUAUAAACUAUUAGCUAUAUCAACGGUGUGAUGGCCUAAUGAUAAAAAUGUUGGAUAUCAUUAGAGCCUAAAGGAUGUUCUUUUCAUCAUCGCUAUGCAAACAUGGCUGAAUUCCGUGACAAUUUCGCUGUUUAAAACAAGUUUAUUUUAGCUAAUAGAAUGAAAACAUUACUUCAAACUACUUUUGGGUACCUUCUUGUUAACAUUACAUGAAAUCCAAGGCUUAAACGUUGCUACGGUUUGGAAAUGUCAAAUAAAACAUGUCAUCUGCUUGACACAUUAAAGUUACCUUACAGAUCAUGAAGUCAGAUCAUUUCCACUCCAUUCAUAUACAAAUCCAUUUGAUUCAUACACUGGCUUGUCUGGCUGUCAUGUUUUGUUUUAACUUGCCCUUCCCUUAUCUAUACUGAAAUAACAAUUUCAGUAGUCCUCUAUUUUGAUUUAAAAAAAACUCGCAUAGCUCAUUAGUACACCCUUGGGGUUGAAAUAUAUAUAUGUAUCUAUUGUAGGUCCUAGGAUACAACAAUGAACACCUUGUUAAACAGCUGUGAAAACCAA